AUGUUCAACGAAGUAUAUAGACUUCCCUUAUUAUUAACGCUUCAUCUGACGUGUUCUGUGCCCGCGGAACGCAUACCAAACCCCAUAGCCCAAUUGGUUAGAGCGCGAAUUUACCGACCGGAAGGCUUGGGCAACCUGACAGUAUCCCAGCCCUCGUGCUUCCUCUGGGUGGCAUGGCAGCUAGGCACCGGAAGGGUGCUACAGCUGAACGAUUUGUAUUUUUGUCUGGUGAUGCAGAAACGGUUCUACCCGGUUUUAGUGGUACAGGAGUGUGAAGGCAGUAAGGUGUUUCCCCCAGGCGACCAGCAUGUCCAUAUUUAUGGAAAUAGCGAUGCUGCCUUCCCCCGAGGAAGGACGGGUCAUAAAAGGUCGGCCCCAAAAACCGCACACUCCGAUCGCCCAACGGUUGACCGUGACCGCUGGCGCAUUAUCCAAUACGGUCGAAAUCCUAAAGCCAAAGAGCCCGGUGCUGCUCGAAAGACACCUGCUGUGCGCGUCCGCAUCAGGAAUGAGACAGUAAUGCCUUAUUCCCUACGCCCUCGGGUCAGGCCAACCCCCUGCAGCCGACCAGGUCAGACUGUUGAGUCGUCGGCUCCGGGCAGGGUCCCCAAAGGAAACCCGACGUCCUCCCACUGCCUUGUGGGUCAGACAUUUGAGUCAAAGGCUCAAGUUGGGGUACCUCAACCAAACCCCCUUCCUCGGCCUGGGCAACCGGGAAGUAUCAGUUGCCCGCGCAGUUCAGCGUCCACCGAUGUCCCUCCCCAACCCCUUCCCACUGCACAAGCAAACGUCGCUGGGCCAUUUGACUGUCAGUCAUCUGACCGAAGGGCCUUAUGCUCCACGCUGCCUACAAACCUUAAACAAAAUAACACCUUUCUAUAUCCACGAGAUCCUUUCUAUAUAGGGGCUUUCAACUUCCGUACUCUAUGUCAAAUUGGCAAACAGGCAGUGCUUGCUGAAACCUUGUACUCCCUUGAAAUUGAUGUAUGCUGUGUCUCCGAAACACGCAUACAAGACCCGAGCGUGGUUCUGCAUCUCAGAACGCCAAGGAUGAACUCAGCUCUUUCACAUUUCUCCCUCCGUGUGUCUGGUGACCCAGAAGCGAUGACUCGUGGAAUAUAUGGCGUGGGAGUUGCACUCAGCCCCAGAGCUGAACGCGCUUUGCUGGAUUGGAUCCCAGUGAACAGUCGUCUCUGCGCCGUCCGGUUAUCCAGUUCCAUCAAGAUCAAUGCUUCCCGGCAUAAAAAGCGGUGCCUGUUUGUCGUGUCGGCCUAUGCCCCAACGGACUGCAGUUCUGAUGCGGAGAAGGAUACUUUCUAUCGAGAGCUAUCCGGGCUCAUUCGUCAGGCAAAAAGCACCGACACUGUGAUUCUUGCAGGUGAUAUGGAUGCUCAAGUAGGCCGUCUUAACUCUUUGGAAUCACAUUUGGGUGGUCGAUUUGGAGUCAAUGCUCGCCGCACAGACAAUGCAGAUAGACUCCUUCAGCUUUGUGCUGACCAUGAAUUGUUUCUGGCAAGUACGAACUUUCAUCAUAAACUUUCGCAUCACGUAACCUGGUGGGCAUCAACUUUUGGCCACGUGGCCAUCAGUCACCGGUGGAGAGCCACAAUUCAAGACUUCCGUUCUUUCUGGGGCACACCACUUGAUUCCGAUCACACCAUGGUGGAUGCACGCCUGACAGUUCGCUUUCCUUCAGGCCCUCGCAAAUUAGCAAGAAGCAUGUUAACCCACUAUCUUCGAAGAACGACGAUAGCUCAACAUUAUCGAUCUGAGCUAGCCCAACAAUUCACGGUAAACCAAUACUGUGGUGGCAGUGAGCAUGUGGAUGAAGCGUAG